AUGGGUGAUGCUGCUCUCCCAAAGCCUCAUAUCCUCGUCGCGUUCUUCCGUAAUUUCUCGGACUCAUUUCUCGAGGAAGUUCGAAACAAAUUUCCAGAUGCCGAGGUAAGCAAUUUGACGCAGAAACCGGGCGAUCGCAUUCCCAAGGAUGCUGUGGAAAAGGCCACGGUAAUUGCCACUUCGCGCAACCUCCCGGAACCUGAAGAUGCCAAGCACAUCAAGUUCAUACACUUCUUCUCUGCCGGUCUCGAUACGGUUAUUGGCGACCCUAUCCUAACUGACUCCACGAUCCCCGUAACGACGAGUUCCGGUAUCCACGGACCUCCAAUUGCGGAGUGGACGGUUCUGAACUGGCUGGUCGCAUCGCGGAAAUACAAUAUCACGUAUGAGGACCAGAAGAAACACAGAUGGGGGCCCACCGAAGAAUACGCCCACGGGAUCCAGGAUCAUGUCGGGAAAAAACUGGGCAUUCUGGGGUAUGGCAGUAUUGGACGACAGAUCGCCCGAGUCGCCGUUGCACUAGGCAUAACUGUCUACGCAUACACAGCAUCUCCAAAACCAACCCCGGAAUCGCGCCGCGAUCCGCACUAUAUCGUCCCCGGCACCGGAGAUAGGGAUGGUACACUCCCCACCUCCUGGCACCACGGAACAUCCAAAUCAGCUCUGCACGAGUUCCUCUCACUAGGCCUGGACCACGUCGUCGUCUCUCUCCCUCUAACACCUCAAACAACGCACAUCCUAGGGGCCGAGGAAUUCGCUGUUCUGGCCGCGAACAAAAGCCCCAAACACCGUAACCCCUACCUAACCAACAUCUCUCGCGGCAAGGUAAUCGACCAAGAUGCCCUGAUUGCGUCGCUUAAAUCCGGGGAACUUAGCGGGGCUGCACUGGAUGUGACAGACCCAGAGCCCCUACCGGAGAAUCAUCCGCUGUGGGAGGCGCCGAAUGUGCAGAUUAGUCCGCAUAUUAGUGCGUUGUCAGAGGAUUAUUUCAGUAGAUCUUUUGAUAUUGUUAAGGAGAACCUGGAAAGAGUGGAUAGGGGAGAGAAAUUGGUUAAUGAGUAUAGACGGGGGAGGGGAUAUUAG